UGACAAAGAAAAUCCACGCUUGCAAGCAACUGACAAUUUCAAUGUCAUGAUGCAAGUCGACGGCUGACACAAAUUAAGAAAAGAACAAUGCUUGUCUGGGGACAAUUUACUCUAAAAACAAGAAGAACCAGCUAGUUGGUGUGAUGUGGUCUUAGGCGCGCCACAAUACUGUCGCCUGAUCAUCAAGAAAGGUCUGAAAUAAAUAUGCUUGAAAUUAGUUCUCCGUAAUAACUAAGGAGAACGUUUAUUGGUCGCUUUUGAUUUAUCAGUUAAAGGUCACCCGCUUGCUAAGUUGAAAGCUACGUUGCCCUAAAACAAGUAAUAAAACAAAGUCGAUUUUUUUUUUUUAACAUUGUUGUUCCAGACAAAUUUAAAAGGAGUGGCGCUAGUUGUUCGGGCGGAUGGGUCUGAGGGAGUGGAGACGUGACUUUCAAAACUGAGAGGGCGAAAUAUAUUUAUAGUUUUCUUGUGGUUUUAUAGUCUGUGAGCGGGAAUGCCACCAAAAGGGCGGAUUUAUCGAUGAAUUUGAACUGUGGUGCAAGGUUCAAAGCGUGCACACAUUUUCUCGUGUGGCAGUAGAAUCAGUUAAAAUUCACUUCUUUUUACGCACGUAAAAGUUUCACGUCAGCGGAAGUGGAACACGCAUCUGCAAAAAAAUUAAUGUUCAAAGCUACAAUUGAAAAGGUGGAUUACUAUAGGCUGUUCCUGUCCUAGAUUUUUCUUUGUCUUCAUCACUUUUUGUACCGCAACAGCUAGAUUAAGUUUACAUCCGCCCUCAAACACAAUGACGUAGUGCUUUUAAAGUAAAAUUACCGAAAAGCAACAAUGUAAAGCGUGAGCAGGAGAUUUUAUCAGCCCGAGGCUUCUCUGCAUCUAUUAAAGCAGCGUUGAGACGAAAAUUGGCCCUAUGUUGUGUAUAAUUAUUUCGAAGACACGGAAGGAUGAAUUUUCGCUCACAAUUACAAAGUCAAAGAAAACACGGCAAAAUCGAGAGAGCAACACCAGGUUGGGAGGUUAGCUAUAGAUGCAGUAAAGCGCAGCGUAAACCAAAGCUUGUAGGUUUUCAAGCGGAAACGACUGCUUCAGUCAGAGAUGUACGGCUACAAAUCUCUGCCACUCGAUUUAUGAGUUUAACGAUGCAAGUCGACGCGCACAGUUUCUCGAGGACAAUCCUCUGCCGAAGCCAAUGUGACAAUUGCAAAAAAGUGAUACGUUUCCUCGGGGUGCGCUGCCAGGAUUGCAGGUUGAAAUAUCACAAAAAAUGCUCAAGCCCAAGCAAUCUAUUGCAAGACUGCGAUCUUCGAUGCCACAAAGUUGGUGCCGGAAAAUCAAGGACUAAACGAUUCUGGCGGUCAGGGCAUAAUGCUUGUGGGAAGUGGUCAUUGAAUCACGAGAAUUUGGAACAUUUUGCAAGAAAAGGAGCUCCUCAAUCACUCCUGCCCUUAAAUGCUACGGGAAAAUUCCGACAAAAGCUUAUCAAUGGUCUGUACGAGUCAUUAUGUUACAGUCCAAGGCACGCGCUCGAUUUUCAACCGAACAACUCGGACGAGUUCCACGCAACAUCUCCAUUGACCAUCACAGUUCAGAGACAUACUUCACCAGAAAAGUGCUAUCCAACUCGGGUGUGUGAAAAUCUAACCACUAUUGAUCGAGACGAGACACUUCUAUCAAGUUCGACUUGGCACAGGACAAACUCAUGGUCGACAUCCGCUAGCUGUACGUAUUCUUCAGGAUAUUCCUCGGCGAAUACCUCUUGCCCGUCUUCAGCUAAUUCGCACCGCAGCACAUCACCUACCCCGGACUUUUCUAACAUAAAACUUUUAAGCGCCACUUUAGAACAGUACAGCGGCGAGGACAACAGUUAUUCUGGAGACAGUGAUUUGGAAAUUCUUAAUGAAGAUGACGAUUUAAGGGACGAGUUUUUGGUAGAGCCUUGCAAUUUUUUCGCUACCUGGCCUCAAAAGAACAAAAUACAAGAAAAAGACAAAGACAAACUCAACAAGAAAAUAUUUUCCGCUGAUGACUUUCAGACUUCAAGAUAUCACGAGCCAUUGCCUACAGUAAACAACAGCUUAAGGGGAGAAAAACAGGAUGAAGACGAUAUAAAGAAAUCUCUUCGGGAGUGGAGCAUACCUUUCUCGGACUUGCAGUUUGGAGAAAUCGUUGGCGCCAGCCCUAAGGAAAACGUUUACAAGGGGAGGUGGCAUGGGGAUAUCAUGAUUCACACUCGGCGGAGGUCAGCUGAACAAGACCUGGAUGAGUUUCUGAAGGAAGUGUCGGUCCUGAGCAUGAUUCGACAUGAAAACGUUGUGCUCUUCAUGGGAGCGUGUCUUGAGCCACCUAACCUUGCUGUUAUUACAAGCGUCAGAAGAGGUUUAUCACUGUAUAACCAUCUCCAUGUACGUCAGGACUUGUUUUCAUUGCACUCAAAGAUUUCCAUUGCAAAGCAAAUAGCACAGGGUAUGAGCUACCUUCAUGCCAAAGGAAUUGUCCUCCCUGCCUUGACUACCAUGAACGUGUUCCUCGAGUCCAAGGUCAAGCUUUGCGUCUCAGGCUACUGCAAUAGGACAAAACGAGUUGAAAGGGAGGGGUACGCCAGUAUACCUCAGGGUCAUCUGACCUAUCUUGCUCCAGAGCUUAUGCGCACGCUCACGAGAAAAGGCUGCGUUUUAUCACCUGAAGAGAGGAACACUGAAUUCUCAAACGUUUACGCUUAUAGCACAAUCCUGUACGAGAUUUUCACUGGAAAGUGGCCAUUAAACUUUCCCACGCAUUCUGUGAUAUGGAUGAUUGGCAAAGGUCAACAAGAGUGUGUAACACAUAUCCAGUGUCCAGAAUCAUUCAAGGAACUUAUCAAAAACUGUUGGAGUGAUGUGCCGCAAACCCGACCUGAAUUCAGUCGGAUCGCCGAGUUCCUUCAGCAACAAAAUGUUCCUCCCGAAGUUGCUCGUAGAAGAAUCAGUUUCUCAGAACCAGAAAAAAUGAAUUUUGUUGGCCGAAAGAUGACUACAUUGUCUAUCAAGUAACAAAUCUACUACCAGCGACCAAAAACGACAAAACCGCUAUCCUGCCCGUCCAACUUGUACCGGCGAAUAGCAGAUUAGUCAAGGGCUUAUGCGGGCGGUUUCCACCUACACUAAAAGUACUUUAUUGGUAUUAGAUAGGAUCCUACAGUUUCUGCUGGAGUCGUUUUCCUAGUAGGGUGGUAGCAGCAGUUAUUUAUAACGUGACCCCUCAAAUUCCAUUUAUUGAUUGGUCGAGUAUAAUUUUCAAUGAAUUUCAUUGGUUCAAAGAACGUGGAAGGCAAGGCAAAUUGAUGACAUGCACGUGUUUCUUUGCUGUUUCACGUGACCAAUUUUGACCAGUAACCCACGAGAAAAAGUAACUUGUGGAUUUCAAUACAUUUUAUCCGGGUUGGCAAUUUUUCAACCUCCUUUGACUUUUUUUAGGACUCCAGAUAACUCUCCGAUGUUGUUGGAUUUAGAAUAGCUGUAUAGUCAUAGCGAAUUAGCUUGCUUGUAAAGGAAAGGUUUAACUAAGCUUUGCUGAAUAGACGUUUCAUAGUGCUAGCCUUGUUUACAGCGACCUAUAGCAGUUUUACAGUUGAUAUAAAUUAGCGCCAUAUCGUAUGUUUUUAUUCCAGGCAUACGUACUACAGGGAUACACUGAUUUGUGAUUUGUACGCAAUAUUUUUUUACUUGCAUCGGGGUAUUUUAGUAAAAAAAUUCCAAUGAUUAUAAAUAGCCUAUAUAGGUGCAUAAAACUUAUCAAGUAGUCUCAGUUAGAAGAUUUAUUUCCCAGGGAAGUCACAGAGUUUAUAGACUUCAUUUCAUAUUUGCUUUAUGAGAACCUUUCCUUAAUUGCUACCGUUUUGUACAUUUCUAAAAAAUUCUACCCUAAUUAGCUUUUCUGUCCGCGAGGCGAACUACAUGCAAACUCAUAGUGAAGUCGCACAAUCGGAUAAAACCUCGGAAAAGCAAACAAAAAACACAUUAGCAACCCUCUCUUAGUCACAAUCAUUAUGGGCUGGUUGGAGUAGCUAGAACGGCUUCGGUGCAUGUCAACGACAAAUGACUUACGAAGAGUUUUGCCAUCUAUAGAUCAUCUAUACCGUGAAUAUUUUGGUGCAAACUGUAUCAAGCACUUAAGCACUGAGGUGCACUUAAGAGUUAUCAGUAAGUGGCAGCUCUUUGCUUAGUUGAAUUUUAACUGUAGCGUUCAUUACUUAUCAUGAAAGAAAGUCAGAAGGCGUUGUUACUUUAGUCAGUUGGCGAUUCAGCUGGAAGAAGUGACGUUAGCUUCCAUGAAAUUCAGGUUUAAAAGUGACGGAUCGUGCGAAUCACUUUGGACUAUGAAUUUAACUAGUUCGCUAUUUUUGGGACUAUAAAUUUUCACCGAUACUUUGUAUUGGCAAGGCAUAUUCAAAGGGAGAUUUUUUGGGACUAAAGAUGGCAUAUUGGAUGUUUUGGGGGGAUGGGGGUUGAAAAUUUAACAAAUUUUAUUUUUUGGUCUAUAUUUAUCAUAGAAGUAUAUUUUUAUUUUGGUCGGUUAGUUAAUACAUUUUUCGGCUGGUGUUUCCUCAGGGUGUCAUUCGCACUCGUCCGUCACUUUUUUCCUCGGGUACUCUCCCAGGUGUAAGAUCAAGUACGAUUCAUAUUUAGGAGGAGAAGAUCAAGAUGCGAUUGUCUGUUCUGUUGAUCGAACGCGCCGGUUGCUUGUUUACGACUUCUCUGUCAUGCAGGCCAUGAAAGAGAAGUUGAUCGACACAGAAACAGACAAACAACACCAAAUUAAAAUAACACCGAGUAUUUAUGUACUUGGAAAAUAUUUUUCUUUAGCUUAGAUCUCUUAGGUCAAUUCCCCCUUGUGUUCGAGUUUUCAGGAGUGAGACUCCACUGUUUCGAAAAGUGACGGCGAUUCUUGAUAGUGAGAGUUAACACAUGAUCGAUGUUUCUGUGGCGCCUUUUAGUUAGAUCCGGGUAAAGCAGUGAGAGUUUAGCUCUGAUCAGUUUUUACCGGUAUAACCCUUUCUAGCAUCUCCGUCACUAUAGGGUGCCAGGGAUAACUGACAUAUUUCUUGACCUACUAGCUAGCUAAGAGACUAGGAUGGAAUCAUUGAUCUUUAAAAAGGGUGCUACUAUGAUGUUUACUAUGUAAACUUUGACCUGUAUUCAGAAAAUUCCAAAGCAAUGAAAAGAAAAAAAAAAACCUUUUUGUUAUCGUUUGUUUUCAGAUUUUAAUCGAUCACAGACAUUUGUUACGUGUAUGAAGAAUCCGAAUAGAUCAUUACGAUGUGUAACUAUUUCGUUAACAGACACUGGAUUGUAUAAAGUUAACAUGCUGAAUAAAUAGCUUUGAUGGA